CCUCAAGGCUCCAGACACUGUUUUUAAGGGCUGAGCAGAGAGAAAUCAGGGAAGGAAGAAAGGACGGCGAUUGAAGAGAAGCAGAGGCCAGAGAUGGAGGAGAGCAACGGCGAAGUUGAAGUAGAGCGGAAGGAGAAGACGAAGCACAAGGGAAAGCACGACAAGCCAAAGCCAUGGGAUGACCCUUCCAUCGAUCACUGGAAAGUCGACAAGUUCGACCCUUCUUGGAACGAGGGCGGCAUGCUCGAAGUCAGCUCAUUCUCCACCCUCUUCCCUCAAUACAGAGAAAAAUACUUACAAGAAGCUUGGCCCACUGUGAGGGGUGCAUUGAAGGAAUUUGGUGUUAAAUCUGAGCUAAACCUGGUUGAGGGAUGUAUGACAGUGUCAACAACUAGAAAGACUAGGGACCCCUAUAUCAUUAUGAAGGCUAGGGAUCUCAUUAAACUUUUGUCAAGAAGUGUUCCUGCACCUCAGGCAAUCAAGAUACUGAAUGAUGAAAUGCAAUGCGAUAUCAUCAAGAUUGGAAGCCUUGUUCGCAAUAAGGAACGAUUUGUUAAGCGUAGGCAACAUCUUGUGGGCCCCAACUCUUCCACUCUAAAGGCACUUGAAAUUUUGACAGGAUGCUAUAUUCUUGUUCAGGGGAACACUGUUGCUGCUAUGGGUUCAUUUAAAGGUCUAAAACAAGUCCGAAGGGUGGUGGAAGACUGUAUACAGAAUAAAAUGCAUCCAGUAUAUCAUAUCAAGACCUUGAUGAUGAAGAGAGAACUUGCUAGUGAUCCAGCACUUGAAAAUGAGAACUGGGAUAGGUUUCUUCCAAAGUUUAAGAAGAAAAAUGUUAAACAAAAGAAAGUUAAGAGCAAGGAGAAGAAGCCAUAUACACCCUUCCCUCCUCCUCAGCCACCUAGCAAGGUUGACCUACAACUGGAAAGUGGUGAGUACUUCUUAAGUGAUCAAAAGAAGUUUGCGAAGAAGUGGCAACAGAAGCUGGAGAAGCAGGCAGAAAAAACAGCAGAGAACAAAAGAAAAAGAGAAGCUGCUUUUGUUCCUCCCAUGGAACCCAUGAUGCAGGAUCCAAGCAAAUCUGCUGAUGAUAAGAAUGAUGUGGCUGCAAUGGCCAUGUCGUUAAAGAAAAAGGCAAAGGAGUUUGGGAAGCAAAAAUCCCUUGAGAAUGUCAAUCCUGAAACAUACAUUGCGGCUUCAGGGGAAGCACCCUCGAAGAAGAAACGCAAGCACUCUUAAGUCUCUGAUACAAUGAGUGGCCUCAAGAGUGAUAGUAUGGGAAGUGGGCUGAGCUUUUUCCCUUGGACCCCCACCCUAGGCUACUAAAUUGUGGCCGAGCCUCAACUUUAUGUUUCUGGAAUCUGCUGGAAAACUGUCUUAUACCCACAAAUUAAUGGGCUUUGGAAACUGUUGUUGUUAAUUUACAGAAGUAGAAAGUUCAAAAUUUUUGAUAUAUGAGAUGGACUGGAAAAACAUUGGAGAAAUAUCCUCAGCUGUGGUGGACUUUGGCAGUUUAUGAAACUUGCAGUUAAUUGGUCUUGUCUUUUA